GAUUGGAGGUGACCUGAAAUGCUCCGGUGGGAUGGUUGUUCAUGAUGAACUUUCCCUCCGUUCUGAGGUCAAUACUUGCUCGCUGCUGCUGUCGCUAAGCUCAGCUGAGAAUGGUUCUGCUUUGGAUUCCUGGAAUUGAAUUGUCUGGGAUUGGCGGCAGGGUUUUGUCAGCAGCGAUCUGCCCCUUGACGGAUUGCCAGGGCUGAAGCCUGGCUGCCUGCAAGACGCAGCGACAAAGAGGGUGAUCAAGUGUUCUGUUUCCAGUCCUGCCUAGGCUCCUGGCAGUUUGGAUACUGUUUUGAUCGAUGCGCCCACUAGAUUUAUGUUGUGUGAUCUGUAGUGUCGCAACGCACUGCAAAGUUUUCUGUAUAGAUAGCUCGUGCAAAAGCUUUAACGCUAUCUGUUGACCCUGCUGUCACACAACAUAUUCCUUUCGUACUGAGAAUCAUCUUGCGGUUUCAGCGUAGCAGUCACGAGUAGCAAGGCUAUAAUAGCCUCAUGACACAGGCUUGCGAGACAGAGCUACGACGACCUGCCUAACCAGGAUCUCCUCCGUUUGUGCUCUUCCAUGGGAGCUGAGCUUAGCAAGACUUCCACAAUGGAUGAGACCUCAGACGAGCCUCCCACUUCUGCCGUCCUCUUAGACAACUGCCACUUCUCCCAGGUCGUCUUUAACAACGUGGAGAAGUUUUACGUUCCCGGAGGAGACGUAACCUGUUAUUAUACCCUCACACAGAACAUCGCUCCUCGCGGGAAGGACUGGGUGGGCAUCUUCCGGGUGGGAUGGAAAACGACCCGGGAAUAUUACACAUUCAUGUGGGCUCCUCUGCCCAGCGACGCCCGCAGUGAUACCGCUGUGCAGCAACAGAUCCAGUUCAAAGCUUACUACCUACCGAAAGAUGAUGAAUACUACCAGUUCUGCUACGUCGACCAGGAUGGCGUGGUGCGGGGAGCCAGUGUGCCUUUCCAGUUCAGAGCAGAGACCGAGGACGAUAUCCUGGUGGUUACCACACAGGGAGAAGUGGAAGAGAUUGAACUACAAAACAGAAAUUUGCAUAAAGAAAAUGAGGAGCUGAAAGCGAGCUGUGCAAGUCUCCAGAAGCAAAACAUCGAUCUGCAGGAAGAGCUCAACAAGACACAAGAGCUGCAGAACAGUUUAGAGUCUCUAAGGUGCAACACAGAGAAACUGGAGCUGGAGCUGAAUUCCCUGAAAAAGGAAAAUAAACAUCUAAAGGAGCUGGAUGACUGCAGGGAGGCAGAGCUGCACCAACUCAAAGAGCAAAUUCAGAAUGUGACCUCUGACAAGGAACGCCUGGAAACCAGACUGAAAACAGCCUUGGAUCGCAUGGACCAGCUGCAGUCUCAAGCGUUGAAUUACGAGAAAGAAGUGGAAAACCUGUCUCAUAUGGACCGUGACAAGACAGAGCAGCUUGAAAGCUUAAAGGAAGAGAAUCGCCAGUUACGCCUGACUAGAACUCAACAGCAACAAAACCGCAACUUAAUGAAAGAACUUGAGGAGCAGAAGCGUUUGUUUCAGAUUCUGCAGGCAAAAAAGAAUGAAGCCGAUGAGGAAAAUCAGAAACUAAGGGAAGAGAAUGACAGACUCCUGAGGCAUCUCUCGCAGGAGGUUUCUUCCUUCUCUGUUGUUUCACAAGCUCAAGCUCCAAUUCCAGCUCCUGAAGUAGGAGGCCUUCUGUUUGGAAAUCCAUAUUGUGCUGCAGGAGCAAACCUGGGGGCAGGAGCUGCAGACAUAGCUUCGAUAAGGAAAUGCCCCAUAUGCGAUGAAGUAUUUCCUGAAGAUAUUGAAACAAGUCAGUAUGAAGUCCAUGUGCAGAGCCAUCUUCUGGAGUGCCCACUCUGCAGUGAGACCUUUGAAGAGUCCAAUAAGCAGGUGUUUGAUGACCAUGUUUUUUGUCAUCGCCUGGAAUAAUCCUGAAUUCCUAUCUGCUCUGUAGACUACGUGGCAGAGGCCGCAGCAUA